AGCCUCCUUCCUUUUCUCGCUAUUUUGGUCCCAACCCAGCAAAUCAGCACAGAUAAGUGAUAACUAUGGAGAACUAUACGUACCCUUCCUAUCCUGACUCAGGCGACUCGUCUCCUCGCUCUAGAGAGGUUGAAUUCGAGAACCCUCCGCCGUGGGACGACCAGCAGCCGCCGCCCAAUUACAAAGCCAAAUUCAUGUGCAGCUAUGGCGGCAAGAUCCAGCCUCGCAGCCACGACAACCAGCUCUCCUACGUCGGCGGCGAGACCAAGAUCCUCGCCGUUGACCUCAACAUCAAGUUCUCCGCCAUGAUUUCCAAGCUCUCCGCCCUCUGCGACGGCGCCGAUGUCACCUUUAAGUACCAGCUACCGGGGGAGGAACUUGACGCGCUGAUUUCUGUCACCAACGACGAUGAUCUGGAGCACAUGAUGCACGAGUAUGAUCGGCUGUACCGUGCUUCCGCUAAGCCCGCUCGCAUGAGGCUCUUCCUCUUCCCUGCUAAUAAUAGCCAGGCAUCGAGUUUCGCGUCCGAUCAGGAUCGCUUCGUCGAGGCUCUCAACACGGGUCCGGGUCCGAAUCCGCCCGACUCGGUUAAGCCAGCGCCUGUUCCUGGCAGCAACGUCGAUUUUCUCUUUGGUCUGGAGAAAGGAGUUCCUCCGCCGCAGCCACCGCCUGUGGCUGUCAAGUUUCAUGACCCUGUUCCAGGACCGGUGGUGCCACCUCUAGAGUACCAAGUAAGAGCUGGCCCUGAACGGGUCAUCGGUUCCGAUCCUUCUGUGAACCCGAUCGAAGUUCAGAGGCAGUUUCAGAGGAUGCAAAUUGGGGAGCAUGAUCAGGCUGUGUAUAGGAGAAAGAGCGAGGAUAAUGCAUCAGGUGGGUAUGCAGCCGGAGAUUAUUAUGUCCAGAAGUUUGCCGACAAGGCUCCUCAGUCGAAUUUGCAGGCCACGGCACCUCCAGCCGGAGGUUAUUGGCCGGAAAAGCAAAUUCCAAGCGAGGGUUUUCCGCCGAUGACAGCAUCAAAUGGAUCCGGGGGAGCAGACCAGCCGGUUUAUGUUGUUCCACAGCCUGGAACUUUCUACCACGCGCCGCCGGUAAUGCGUCCUCCGGGGGCACCAGCCACUCAAGGGUACUACACAGUGCAGCGAAUGGUUUCUGAUGCCUACCGUGAGCAGCCCGUUUAUAGCACGUCGGCGGCGCCCCGAGCGCCAUUCUCAUCAGCGGCUCCGGCGACCUUGGCACCGGCUCAGCCUGUCAAACCUGCCGCGUAUACUGAAGGGUUCAACGUGGUACGGCAAGCUGGGAUACCGGAUAACUCAGGAGCGUACGCGCAGGUGGCGUACGAUAGCUCAGCUGGGAGACAGUUUUACUAUACUGCGCCGGGAGGAGUGGUGCAGCAGCCGCCGCCAUACCAAGGGGUUGCUCCGACGGUUGGUACUGAUAUAAGACCCGCCGGAGUCCAAGAUCAUAAAGUGGUCAACAAGGUUUCCCAAGGUUAACUUGGAGUGUUAACAACAGUUCAUGUUUCUUUGGGAUAAUUAUCUAAUGCGUAUACUGCUUGGUUUUACUGUUGUAUACAACGUUGGACAUGGAAGAAUUAUUAUAUUUUUAUUAUGUUGUUGAGAUGUGUCCUCCUCCUGUAUUUGGUUUGUAAAAAUUGGCAUAUUUACUCUAAUUCUAAAUUUAAAUUGCCAUAGCUUUUGACCUUUGGGAAA